AUGAAGACGCGUAGUGCAGAAAUGGAAGCCCCAAAUAUUGCUGCUAUUGUUAAAGCUCGACAUCAUGCGCGUGUACUUUGCCCUUCGAGUGGACAUUUAGUAGGAAACACACCAAACCAGUUAAUUUCUCCUGGAAUAUAUGAAUCUGCUGAGAGCGGUUGUAAUGUAAACAGCUUUUAUAGUGCAUCUGGAACAAGUGGUCAGACACUAUGCGAUGAUGUAAAGAUCUCAAUAGACGAUAAACCACACAAAACUCGUUCUGAAAAUGCUCCGAGAUUGUUACGCGGAACUUGGUCACCUGAUGAUAGACGUCUAUUUUUCCAGGCCGUGAGAAUGUACGGGCGUAACUUCAGUGAAAUCACACGUUUCAUUCGGUCUCGUGGACAUCGUACAUCAAUCGAUCACCAAACUGGGUCAUCAAGUGGCAAUAUUGAACUAACUUUGAAUAGUUUGCACUCUGGAAAUAAUUUUGUCUCUUUAAACAGUCUAUCAUCUGCCCUCAUCCCAUCUAAUAUAAGCGCUCCGUGCCCAAGCAACAUUACUCAACCUAGUGUUGGAAUGAGCACACCCUGUACCGGUAGUUCUGAUUUAAAUACACCUUGUGGUGGUCGGACUCGUGAACAAGUUCGUUUCUUUUAUCAACAAACUUGGCAUAAAGUACGUCGUUACACUAAAUUUCCCGAAGAGGUCCCACAACAUGUUAGGGAAGUUUAUGCAAUUGUCAAUUAUUCUGUGCUGCGUACACGCAUUAAGAAACCAUUGGACCACCGAUUGGGAGAAAAUUAAACGAAUUAGUUCAUUGUGGGUGUGUGAUUUUGCUCACUGCUUUGUAAUAAAAAAUAAUUUGUUUGUAUUAUUUUGAACUUAGCUUAUUUUUAUCCACAGCUGGUGUGGCGUAAUCUCACAGUUCCUUACCUUGUCAUCUGUUGAAUGAGAUAUCCUGUCUGAAUUUAAGAGUAAAUAAUAUAUCCUCCUUACAAAUAUAUGAGCUUUAUUAGUGUAUUUAAAUGAUUUGUUAUCUAUCCUUUUCUGUCGUUCUUACCUUCACAUUAAAAAAAUGUGGUUUAAUUUGGUCCAGAUGUCUGAGCCAGGUCCACGUGAGGUUCACUUGAGACAUUCAGGUGCUAUUUAUUUCCUGAAAUUCGUUGAGACUACGUUCGAAUUAUCCCCGGUAGUAAAACAGAAAGGUCAUCAUAGAGAUGGUUUCCAGAACAACGCUACAUAGCAAGUUGUUGUAUCUGUUGACUGAGAUAAUAUGAUUAAGGUAUCACAAAUCUCCCAAACACGAUAGACUGUAGCCUCAGUUACAAAGUCAAGCUUUGACAAGAAUAUCCUCUCUCGCGAAGAUGUUAUUUGGAAUCCAGCUCGAUAAUUUGAUUUUAGUGAAAAACUGAAGUGGCAUUUGCAGUGCUUUCCACUAAAUUAGAUUCAGUUGGAACCAUUUUAGCCGCAAGUUUAGCGGACUUACAACCGUUGUUUUCUUUUGUAUAGCUAAUUCUUGAAACAUGUUAUCGAGAAAGAUGGUGUCUACGACUCAGCGUGACUCUUUCGAGUGGCAACCUGGACACAUUUUAGCAAAAGAUUAACUUUUGCUUUUAUGAAUUCUUCUAAAAGAAUAGAUCAACCUAUUAGGAAUUCAUAAAUUUUGGACAUCAGUAAACGUUCCAAAUCUAGAUGUUAUAAAAAACCACUAAUUAUUGUUUGGGCAUAACACUAUCCUAACUGGUGUAUUUAUAUGAGGUUUGCCUAAAAAAUAUUUAAUCCAUCUUAAAUUUGGACCUCUGUAAUACCACAAUUUCAAAA